CAUGUUUCCUGAUUAUUCUGUGUAAGGUGGAAACUAGAACUGUUUAAAAUAUAUACACAAAUCUAGUACAUCGAUAACCAGGGAUUUUUCUUUUUUGCUAUACUAUUUUCACAACCACAGGUGUGCUUGCUAGGCAAUAUAACCAUCACAGAAGCAAACGUGAGGCAGAAUACUGGUAAGGAAAAACAAAGCGAGGAGGAGCUACCAGAUAUACAGACAGGCUCGUUCCACGUUCACUACUGCAUUUGCAAGUGCCAAGUAUUUAACUGCACAUUUUUGUUCAGCUAGAAAGGAGGGUUUUUUGUUUUUCCUUUUUUGGUUUGUUUUCAUCAGUGCAUGAAUGUUUUUCUCAUUUCAGCAGAUGGACAAACAGAUGGAUACUACAGCUAUGUGGAAUGUUAACGAGAAUGGGGUAUGAUACUGUGAGACUGAUACUUAACUUCCUAGCUGGAUCAUUGUCUGAAGGUGACAAUGCCCAAGUGACUAAUACCAACUCUGAGCUGUUAAAAUCCAGUAAGAACAUUACUAAAAGGGAGUCCGGGUGCCCGGAAGGCCAAGAUCGUCAGGGCACAUUCUGCUGUCUACCAUGUCUUCCUGGCGAACAGAAAAUUAGUGACUGCAGAGCUGAUGGGGAGAAACUCGUCUGUGUGCCCUGCCUAGAAGGGAGGGAGUACACAGACGUGAAACAUUAUUCUCAUAAAUGCAGAAGAUGUAGAAUUUGUGAUGGAGAACAUGGCUUAGAAGUGGAAGAAAACUGUACCAAGACCCAGAAUACCAAGUGCAGAUGUAAAUCAAACUUUUUUUGUAACAGUCUACCAUGUGAACACUGUAACCCUUGCACCAGUUGUGAACAUGGAAUCAUUGAGAAUUGCACACCAACCAGCAAUACCAGAUGUAAAGAAGGAUCCAGUGCUAACCUCCAGUGGUUGUGGCUCCUCCUGUUUCUCAUGAUUCCAGUUAUAUGUUGGUAUGUGAAAAGAAAAUACUAUAAUAAACAUGAUCCCCAUACAUCUACACCUCCAAAUACUGAAACGGCUGCAGUGAAUUCAGCAGACAUUGACCUGAGUAAAUACAUUAUCACUAUUGCUGAGCAAAUGAAAAUAAAUCAAGUUAAAGAGUUUGUCCGGAAGAAUGGUAUCAAUGAAGCCAAAAUAGAUGAAAUCAAGAAUGACAAUCUCCAAGAUACAGCUGAGCAGAAGGUCCAACUGCUCCGUAACUGGUAUCAACUUCAUGGGAAGAAAGAUGCAUAUACCACUUUGAUUGAAAGUCUCAAAAAAGCCAACCUUCGUGCUCUUGCAGAGAAAAUUGAAGAUAUAGUCCGAAGGGACAUUACUAAUGAACAUGAAAAUGCUAACGUCAACAAUGAAAAUGAAAGCCAAAGUUUGGUAUAA